GCCGCGGAAAUAUCUUGAAGGUGAAUCCAAGCAGAUAAGCGUUACGAGGUGCUCAUCACCAUUACCAUCAACAGCAGCAGCAGCACAUCGGGACAGAUCACAGGGUUAAAAAUAAGUGCACACAUCACGAUCAAGUGGUGGAAAGAUCAAAGGGUGGGGGACAACCUGAGAUAUUAAAAGAGUAGUUUAUGCAACCACAACAAAAUCCCAGCCAACGGACUUGACCUGGCGAGAAUGGAAAGGAGCCUCCACCUCAAUGGACCACGAGAGGAUCUUUUUCGCCAAACUCUCAGCGCCUCGGCUAAGAGACUGGAGAGUACUUUCCGCCCGGCUGCCGCUAUCGAGCUGUCGCUGCCCGAGCCCCGCUCCCCGAUGGUCUGCUUCGAGCAAGCCGACGCCGACCCGGUGCACCAUCAGCCAGGGGGAGAGGCCGGAGGGGGCAGCGGGCAGUACGCCGAGCACCAGGUCACCUCCUGCCGGGAGAGCAGCGGAGGCGACCAGAGCCCGGACGAGGACAGCGACGAGCGCUGCGAGCUGAUGCUGGGCAGGCAAGGGGGCAGCGAGCGGGCCGGUUCUCUGACCAAAGGAGCCGGGGGGCCGGCCAGCAAGAAGAACAAGGAGCAGAGAGCCCUGAGGCUCAGCAUCAACGCCCGGGAGAGGAGGCGCAUGCACGACUUGAACGACGCGCUGGACGAGCUGAGGUCGGUGAUCCCUUACGCGCACAGCCCGUCCGUCAGGAAGCUCUCCAAGAUCGCCACGCUGCUCCUGGCCAAGAACUACAUCCUGAUGCAGGCUCAGGCGCUGGACGAGAUGAGGAGGCUGGUGGCGUACCUCAACCAGGGCCAGAGCUUGCCGGCGGCAGCGCUACCGUCCUCAGCCGCCGCCGCCGCCCUCACCCCCAGCCUGGGUGCCUACGAGCAAGCGGCAGCUGGCGGCUACCCGUUCACCGCCAGCGGCUUAGUGGCGGCGACGGCGGCGGCGGCGGCGGUCAGCUGCCCCGACAAGUGCGCCACCACCACGGCUCUUUACAGCACGUCCAGUCUCUGCAAACAGUGCAGCGACAAGCCUUAAACAGACAAACAAUACAACCCAAGAACAAUAUCCAUCGCGAGGGGCAAAAAUAACAGUUGGAAAUCAACAACCGAACAAGACUUGUGUUUAGAACUGGUACUUUGUACAGAAGUGUUGUUGGAAAAGUUUGGACGAGGAACUGAAGAUAACAAGAAAGUUUUUUUGUUUUGUGGGCGGGGUGUAUAUUUUCAUUUUGAUUUGGACAAUUCUCCGCGUUAAAACGGCCGAACUCAUUUGGUUCAGAGGUUCCAUCAGUGUUAGUAGCUACUAUGGAUUAUUUGUAUUAGCUUCAUCCACCGCUUUCUAAGAAUCUGUCUGCUGUGAUUACGGCUGCGAUACAGCUAAAUUCCAGACUGCGUUCGUUAACGGUGUGUUCCCAAACUGUUUUCAGAUUAAACAUAGAGUUACAAAACAGCCAUAAAACUUGUGCUUUUUUUUUGUUUUAUAGAUAAUGAUUAUCACAAAUGGUUAAAGAAGUGGAAAGGAUUUUCAGAAAUCAAUUAUUUCAUGUGACAGAUAAUUAGAUGUCAAUUUAUUUCUUAACUGUGAACGAAUUGGGUUUUAUAAGAAAAGGGGGUUUAUGAUACUGUAACAUUACAUGGUUUUAUUUGUGUUUCUGGUCUCUGUACAGAUUAAGAUGUGUUAAAAUAUUUUUGUUACGUUUCUUAUGACAAAAACGCUAUUUACCCAAAGUGAGCUUUUUGUUUGCAUGACGGCACAGUGCCUGUCCAUCUGCAAUAUAUAAAUAUAUAAAUAUCAUAUAAAGUAUGUAUAAAAUUGACUUGCCAUGUUUCUACUGAUGUCGCGUGUUUCAUUUGCAGUUUGUGCGAACUCUGCUUGACAAGUUGGUGCCAUUGCCUCUCUUAAAGGGUCUGUUGGCAGCUCAUGAUGUAUGAGAGUGGUGAUAUACAAGUCUGGCCCUGAUUAUAA